GAUCUGCGUGCAACUCCGUGGUAAUGGGGAGAGAACCAGAGGAGGAGAAACACAUGGAUAAUAAGCUAAACAGCUCGACGGGAUCUUCGCAGCAAAUGGAGCCUGCAGAGGUUAAGGAGUGUACUACUGAUCACAACUCGGUUGUAGAUGACGGAUCUGGAUCCCAUUCAUCUUCUGGUCAAAGGAAGAAGCUAAGCACAACACCUCCUUCUCACAAAACUCGUGGUGGUGGUGGCGUGAAUUACACUGUUCCAAAGCCAUUCUCUCUGUCGGCUGAAAAGCCUGCUGCUUCCUCUGUCUGCGCAAGAGCAGGAGUUGAUAGUCAUAAUAGCUCGCCGGGAAAUGCUGCUAGCCGCAACUCUUCUUCUGGAUCAAGAGGUUCACAGCCAAACUCGCCUAUGCCAGCGAGGAAGACAAUAGAUCACAAGAAGCACCAUGAUGAUGAAGAUACUUUUUCUGUUGCUUCCUCAUCAGCUACAUCUGUAAGAACUAUUAAACCCAAGGUAACCAUUGGAGUUGCUCCAACCUUUAGCAGCACUUCGCGGCUGGAGAGACGCAAAGAGUUUUACAAGAAGCUAGAGGAGAAACAGAAAGCACUUGAGGAAGAGAAGAGAGAAAACGAGAAAAGGCUUAAGGAAGAGCAAGAAGUAGUCACUAAGCAACUCAGGAAGAACAUGGCUUACAAAGCUAAUCCCGUACCGACUUUCUACUACGAGCCUCCUCCACAGAAACCUCCAUUGAAAAAGUUUCCUCUGACUCGGCCCAAGUCACCAAACCUUAACCGCAGAAAGAGCUGCAGCGACACAGUCAACUCAUCACAUCAGGAGGUGAAAGGGAAGCAUUGUGUUCGACAUCGCCACAGUGUAGACGGUCGCAAGGACGUAUCCAACCCGAGGAGGACACCAGAUACGAAGAAGUCCACAAGGGAAACACCAACAAAGUCUGAAGAAGUUUAUGGGAAAAACAAGAGUGGCAAUGAGGGAGAGGCAGGUGAGAACUGCAAUUGAUGCUGUGGAGUGACGUGACGUGACGUUUAGUUUAUAGCUUCCGUUUUGACUAACUUGGUGAUUUGAGAAAUGGGUGAGAAGUUUAAGAGGAAGAACAUGUUCUAGAGUGGAAAAAAAAAACAAGUUUAAAAGUUCCGGUUGUUUUUGCUUUGCUUAAUAUUUCUAUAUUUGAUUGCUUGAAAUCAGCUACUCUUACUUGUUUGAUCUUUUCUUUGUCAGUUUGAGAAUUCAUGUGAAAAUGUAUAUCAAAGUUGUCUGAAAAUUAAGUUAUUAAACAUUUGUGUGAAUUA